UUCUCACGGGGGCAGCAUGGGACCACCCUCUGUCCUCCUAGGGCCGUGAGGAUAUUUAAAGGCACAGAGGUGGUGUGUCGCCCUCACUGAUCGCUGUGACAAUGAAGGCUGUCUCAGCUGUGCUGCUGUGCGCUCUGUGCCUGACAGGGCUGCAGGCCCAGUGCCCAGAUCCUGCCACCCUGAAGGACUCCAGCGGCGCCAAGCUGUGCGCCCGCAUGUUUGAGGACAGCAACUACUACUACGACCAGAGCUGCGGGGGCAGCUACCUGGACAUCUACCCCGGCGACGACUUCCCCCUCAUCCCCCCCGCCUGGAACAAUCGGGCCUCCUCGCUGGUCGUGUCCAAGUUCUGCUCCCUCACGGUCUGGUCACGCGGCAAGAAGCAGGGCAAGAAGCGCAAGUUCUCCUCCGGCACCUACUACCAGCUGAAAGAGGUCGGCCAGGGGCUCUUCGGCAACUGGAACAAUGACAUCUCCGGCUACUACUGCGUGUGCUAGCAGGCAGCCGGCCCGGCGCGGAGGGGCGAGAGGGACGACGGACGCCAGAGAGAACGAGGACGGCCUUCAGCUGGACACCCGACCGGCGCUGUCUUGUCAAGGAUUUGGGAAAAAAACUGUGGUUGUUAAAAAUGGCAAAAUCACAUUAAAUCUGCAUUUAAAAACUG